CUGAGCAGUGACAAGGUGGAGGUUCACCUGAUGGAGGAGGGGUUUGGCGACUGUUCAGGAAGUGUAAAGUUAAUCCAUUGUCAUCUCCCCUCCAGCAGGCUAUCGGGAGAGACAGACCGUCACAUCGUUAACAAAGUCGGUGCCGUUAAGAAGGACUCGGCGGACUGUUCGUACCUUUGCCCCCACCUGGCGCCUACCUGUCUGUCUACCUGUCCAGCCUAUCGGAGAACAGAAGAGGUUUUGACCUGGCCGAUGAAGAGGGCGGCCUUUUUGCGGUGAGCAGCAGAAGGCAAGAGCAGGCCAGUAGCAGAACAGCAGGCGCUUCAGCAGGACCAGCGGCACCGAGCAGGCGUGGCGGCGCGCCCAGGGGCCAGGAUGAGCGGCUCCCUGCUGCUGCACGCCCUCCUGCUGCUGCAGUUCACAGAUGUGCUCCUCGUAGACAGCAAGAUGCGGAGUAAACUUGGACCCAACGACGUCAACGGCCAGGAGGUUGGGAUGCCAGACUGGGAGGCCUUCGCUCCCCCCAAGGGCCCCCACUUCGCCCCAGACUCCCCCAAGCACAUCCUGGCGGCCGUCGGGUCCCCAGCUCACGUCCCCUGCAAGGCCCGAAACCUGGGCUCAAAAUCGUUUUCGACGCGCCUCCCGCAGGUCUCGUGGAUCCGACACCGCGACCUGCACGUCCUCACCGUCAGCUCCUUCACCUUCACCAACGACGAGCGCUUCUCCGCCCACCGGGACUCGACCACCGGGGACUGGGUGUUGGUGCUGCGCCGCCCCCAGCCCUCCGACUCCGGCUACUACGAGUGCUCCAUCUCCACCAAGCCCGUCACCGCCAUCAGCGUCAAGCUCGACGUUGUGGUGCCCACGGCGGAGCUCCUGGGUGACGGCGACGUGUUCCUGGACAACGGCAGCACCCUCAACCUAACCUGCGUGGUGCACUUCAGCCCCACGCCCCCCGAGUUCAUCCUGUGGUACCAUCGCGACAAGCUGGUGAACUAUGGGUCUCGGGAGGGGCGCGAGAUCAAGGUGGACACGAUUCAUGACGGGGACACGACGCGCUCAUCCCUCCUGGUGCACAACGCGACGCUCUGGGACACCGGGAAGUACGCCUGCAAGCCCUCCAACGCCAAGCGGAUCUCCACCCAAGUCCACGUCUUGAAGAGCAAGACCCCCGCCGCCAUGCAAACCACGGACAACAGUGCUCGCCAAGGCACCCUCGCCCCCUCGGCCCUAGUGCAGGUCCUCUUAGCCUUCCUCUGCCUCUGCGGCCCCGUUGAUCACGUCUCCCAGGUCGCCACGGUGCCCAUACUCCUCCUCGGCAUUUCUCUGCCCUUCGCCACGCUCCUAACCAACAGAUAAGGGGACAGCUGCACGCCAUCGGAACACCACCUCGAGCGGCGCCGUGCGUGAGGAGCCUGCGGCCGGGAAGGGGUCAAGAGAGAGAGAGAGAGAGAGAGAGGGAGUGGGGUUGCUCCACAGUAUACGGGACCCAGCCAUACGGAGCUCUGUACAUAGGUAUCAUUAAGGUGUCUGUAUACACUGUACGCUGUCCACUCAGGGGCAGCACACGUGACAAUAGGCUGAGGUGAAGGUCGUAAGAUUUUUAAUGUUUCGUUUCAUGAAUUUUAUGUAUAUAUUUUUUUUCUCGUUUCGCAUUUUUUCGAGUUUUCAUUGCCAUUUUGGUAUUUUCCUGCGGCGGGAAUAUUCCUGGAAGAAGUCACUUGUAUUUUGUUUUGGUCAAAUUUUGAAACAUUUUCCUCGGAAUUCAGGUGAUUAAGACCGGCACGGGAAAAAACGGGACACAACCAAUAUUUUUUCGUCCCCUGAAAUAUGACAAAAAUAAUUGGUAUUAACUUUAUCGCAGCGUAUCUUCCCUCUUUUUAUGUUUUACCGAGCGGGCGUGUGACGCGAGCACUGCAGCCGUUAUGUUUGUUUCUUUUUAGACCUUGCCUGUGUUAUGUACUGGUAUUUGAGGUGGUGUACAGGUAACUUUAGGUUUAUGAAGGUGUUGUAUGAGAUUUAUUGGUAUUAUAAGAAUACUGUAACUGUUCUGUGUUGUUUGGAGACGUUGUAUGGGCGUGGGCCCCCGCGGAGGAGUGGAGUGUUUAUAUAAAGUGUUCCUGCAGUGCUCUGUGGCCUAUAAACAUGAUACACACAUGGAUUCACGUAGCUUUAAGGGGCGAGCACGGGCCUGGCGGCUCGCUGGCUGCGGCGCUUCCACUCCCAGGCGUCGGGGCCAGCUGUGAGGGGUGGCGUGAGAGUGGAACUGUUCGUGCGAGCAUCGGUGAGGCCGCGGCGAGUGUUUUCAAGUUCCAGCACCUGGGCUGACCACGACUACUGGCUGAUCUGAUGUCAUUUCUGCUGGACGCAUGCAAGCUGUAAAGGUUAUUUAUAGGAUCUGAUUAACGUAACAGCUGACAUAUUGUUCAUUGGUAAGAUAACUCUUGUUUUGUAACGAGUUUGCAAGGUGAAAAGAUAAUUGAUAGAACUCUAUUAAAGUGCCCUGCAGGUAGCUGGCGUGGCGUGCAAGGUAUACAUGUUCUAAUGCAUGUUCACCUGCUCUUAGGCGUCCUGCAGGUGCGCGGUGGAGUGUCAGGGGGGUGUAUUCUCCAAAUAUCGAGUUUCCCCAUGUAUAUAUUUUUGUACAUACCGUAACUGAUGCCGGGAGAAAAGCGUCUAGUUGGUGUUAAAAAUAAGUUCACUCGCUCCUCCCUUUCCCUCCUUCCCUUCCUUCCUUACGUCAGUCUUUCUAUCCUUCUUCCGCCGCCCUCCCACGCUCCCUCCCCCCUCCCAGGCCCCUCCCUUGAAUCUAAAAUAGCAAGAGAAAAAAAUCCAUUGUCUGAUUCGCGUCAAUAUUUGCGCAGAUUUUUUUCCCACAGCAUUUUCUUUACACUUCAUUUCCCCGCCUGAGUUUGUCGGGCGUUGCGGAAACAUUAAUUUUCGGGUUUUGCUGUGUAUAAUUUUCUCCCCCGGGAAGCUUAGAGGAGAGACAGGUGAGGAUCAGAGCUCCCUCCCCAGGUAAAUCCCCAGCGUGCCCCGUCUUUCCCGCGUCAGAUCAAAGCGUCGGUGGCACAGACAGACACAGACGGGCGAGCAUACACACCCGAUACGAGAUGCACACACACACACACACACACACACCCAGAUGGAUAGAUCGAAAGACGGAGAGGCGAAGGCAAUAGGAUAGGGAGGAUGACGUGCCUGGAACCUAAACACACACACACUAUCUAUCAGUCUAUCUAUCUAUCUAUCUCUCUCCCUCUCUUCGUACGGCACAUCCUUCCAUCAAAUUUCCCUAUUAACGUUCAAGGGCCUAUAACGACGUUAGACAGAGACCCGUAAUUCAAUAAGGGUGAAGGGGAAAGCCUAGGAGUAUUUCAGGAGCUUAAGAGAGGAGGAAAACAUGAUUAGGGGUCUUUGUGUGUAUAAGGAGAAGGAGCGACCGGCAGGAAAAUGUUUUAGGCGUGUUCUUGGGUUACAGUGAUAAAGGAAAACAGGAUAGCGGUGGAUAAAGGGAGGGAAAACAAAUCGGAAUGAAAACAAAGGAUUGCAUGAGUUCUUUCGUCAUAUAAGAAUUUGAAUAUGUGACGAUAUUGUUUCAGUGGUUGAAUUAAGAGAACGUAGAGAGUGUUUAUCAGGUUUAAAGAGGAAAAGGAGCACAUUAGAGGUUAUUUAAAGGGCAGGAAUGAAAAAAAAAUAUUUGUUAUGUUAUAUAAGAAUAGACAUGAUUACGAUAUUGUUUCAGUGGCUAAAGAGAACGCAAGUGGCGUUUAUCAAGUAUAGGGAGGAAAAAGGUGAAUGUUGGUACUUUAAAGGCCAGGAAUGAAAAAAAGUUCUUACGUCAUAUAUGGAUACACAAUGACCUUAGUUUUUUUCCAGCGCCUUAAGAGAGAGUACGUGGUGUUUAUCAGAAUGAAUUAAGGUAGGAAAGGAGAGCAUUGGAAGUAUUUAAAAAAAGUCGGUGGUUGAAGAAAAAGGGUUUGCAAAGGGAAAAGGGAAAAAGGGCUAGAAAGGUCAGGCAGAAAUCCAUGUUGCAUCAGAUCCCGUGUCGGCGACCUCUCACUUUUUCGUUGGCGUUGAUACCUCCGGGCGUGCGUUCACUUUUUUUACCCUCACCGUCCCGCCUGUCUGUCCGUUUGUCUCCCUGUCGAUCAAUCAGGGAAUCCGCCUUUAUAACUAUUCGCUUUUUUUUCUUAAUCAUUCCCGUUAUACUUAUUUGUCCCCUUUUGUGUAUGGGUUUGUUGCUACUCUAUCCUGGGUCAUUAUGUCUUUUAGGGGUUAUAUUAAUAGUUGUGUCUGUCUAUUUCUCGAUACUUGUCUGCCUGCCUGUUUGUCUCUGUCUCUGUUUUUGCUUGUUAGUCAUUUAGUAAUUCUUUCUGUCUGUUUUUCUGUCUGUCUGUGUCUGGUUCUCUCUCUCUCUCUCUCUCUCUCUCUCUCUCUCUCUCUCUCUCUCUCUCUCUCUCUCUCUCUCUCUCUCUCUUCACCUCGUAAUUGCCCCGUGAUUAUAUAUAGCAAGGAGGCGGUUUCCCUAAUGUGCUUACCUUCAGUGGACGCCUCGGGCCCGGCCAGCACAGAGGCGAGUAAUGGCACCGCGCCUUGUCUCUUUUGAUGUAUUCUUGGAGGCUCGUUCACGGCGCCGACGGGACUUGAGUGGCCGCUUGUGACGUCAUCAAAGGCUUGUGUGUGGAUGAAGGAGGUUUAAUGUCGAAGUGGUGUUCCGGGAGACAGCUGGCGCCGUUUGAGUGUGUUUGUGGUAUUGCUGCUCGAUGUUGGGUGUGUGUGUUUCUCCUUCUAAUAGGUCUGUGUCGAGGAUUUGCCUUUUUUGUUUUGUUUUGUUUUGGAGUUGAAUACUCUCCAUUUUUAUAUAGUAUUCACACAUUUCAAAUAAUCGUCAAAUGGGCCCCACACUCGUUCGAAAAAGAAAGGAAAUGUUGGGCAUAAAAAUAGUCAACGGUAAAACGUUUUACUGAUCAAAAGCCAAAGCAUCUAAAAUAGUAAAAGUUGAGCGUAGAACCAUAAUCUCAUUUUUAAUCGACAUUUAAAUUAAUACAACAUGCCAAACAUUCAGCCCCGGAGUAAUCCACACUCGCACUGCCUUAGCCGCCCGCGCCUGGCCGGUAACGAAGUGUAUAAUCUCCCCGACACCUGGACGCUUCUCUCCGCGGCCCAGGUGUGUCCCGGGCAGGAGGGCCGCAGCCGGCGGACAGUUCUUGCGGGGGGGGUUACAAACACGCCACCAAGGAGGUGGGGGGUCGCUGGUCUCCUCCCGUUCUUUCCCUCUCUCUACGGGUGAUCAACAUGUACAGACAGUUAAUUACUACUGACAUAUUUUUGUUGCACGCGCAGCUGUGUGUUUUAAUGAGUUUGAUUGCUAUCAGAAGCAUUUGUGUUGGAAUGAAUACUUUCAAGUAUAAACAGUGUAGUAUGUAUCUAUAGUAGGUGAAUAAUAUACAUUUCGUAUGUGUUGUUCAGGUUUAUGUAUAUAUUGUAUAAGCUGUAUUCUGGUGUAGUGCUGUAUAAGCAGCAGGGGAAUUUAGUCAUCCGAGGAGAUAUGUAACGAUAUUUUAUUUACGGGCCGGGAACAGAGCUUAACAUAAGGUGUCUUCCUUUUGUGUGAAGAAACUAUCUCAGUCACACCGGCGAAGGUCUGGAGAAGACGGAGACGGAGGCUUGAGUGUUGAAGAAAGUGAUGAAAGCUGAUGUGUAAACACGGGAACAAGAGCUACCGGCCUUCAGGGCGUGUGCCGUGAUUGAUUUCUGGAUGUAUUCAUGAAGCGCCCACCACGGAGCGCUAUUGUUCAUAUUCCUUUAUGUGUCGUGCCUCGGUGGGCUGUAUCGGUAUUGAUCUGUAUUAUGUUAGGAUCGUUUCUUCUCCGGCAACUACUCUACUCCUUGUGUUUGUAUUUUAUCAUUAGAUCGAAACAGAUGAAGUAAGUUGUACUAUAAUUAACUUUUAGUGGUACAUCGGCUGUUGAAGAGAAAAAAAUAGGAGAAUGCGUAACAAGAGGAAAUCAGAGGAUGGAAGCAGGUAUAGGGCAGCAUCAAUAUCAGGGAUCCACAGUGAGGAAGAGGAGAGGAAUGAUAAUGAGCGAGGGAAGGGGCAAGUACUUGAUGGGAGGAGAGAAUCUAAUGAAGGGCGUGAGUGACGGGAACUGAAGCCUCUAUAACGAGAGUUCUCCUCCCUCUAAUGUAUAUAAAUCCGCGGCUAAUGUUCUGGAAAUUACCUUUAAUGGAAUGCCGGGCGAUCGCAGGUGUCAGUUUUCAUCACAUUACGACGCGACUGAUAAUGAAGACAAUAUUUUCUUCCUUCCCUCGUGUUCCCUUCCUCUGCGUCAAAGGGAAGGAGGUGAGACUGUGUGUGCGUGCGUGUGUGUUUCUUAUUCAUCGUCAAUACAUCGGUCCUUCAAGGCGGAAGUGUUCUUUGUGUCUGAGUGUUGUGAGUAGGUGUGUGUGUGUGUGUGUGUGUGUGUGUGUGUGUGUGUGCGUGUGCGUGUGUGUGUGUGUGUGUGUGUGUAUAGGACUGUUUAGAAAGGAUGAAUUUAUGUAAACAAUGUUACCUUGUCAUCAUAAAAGAAUACAAAAAAAUACAUUGAUUGUGGUGCGAAACUUUUCCGAGUUAGAUUUCUAUUCGAGGGCGUCACGUCAGCGUCUCGUGGCGAUGUUUCCUAGAAAGUGAGCGUUGAAGGGAAAAAAAUAACAUAUAUAAUCAAUGUACCGAAAAUAAGGACACAAGGAGCGCUGUACAUAAUGUAAGUGACCUCUAAAAACAGUGUGACAUUGUACAUUUACACCAAAAAUAAAUACUAAAAAAAUGUUAGAAAGAGUUACAA